UGUCAUUCUCUCGCGAAUCGACCAGAGUGGCAUUCUUGAGAAUGAGCAUGGCUGCUUUACGUGUAGGAGUUGUUCGUUGCCUGUUUGCAAACCCCCUGGCAAAGGCAAAGGUAGCUUUGCCAACAGCUCAGCUUAAUCCUCAUAGAAACUACGCUUCAGAUGCAUACGAAUACUUGAAAGUGGACAGAGCUGGUAGCAAUGGGUGCAUAGGGCUUAUAACCUUGAACCGGCCAAAAGCUUUGAAUGCUCUGUGUGAUGGUUUGAUGAAGGAGUUGGCAAUGGUCUUGGAUGAGUUUGAAGUUGACCGAUCUGUAGGCUGCUUGAUCUUGACUGGCAGUGAAAAAGCAUUUGCUGCUGGUGCAGACAUCAAAGAGAUGCAGAACCGGGAAUUCUCGCAAGUUUACAGUGGCAACUUCCUAAAUCAUUGGAACAGACUCAGUAAAAACGUCAAACCAGUCAUUGCUGUUGUCAAUGGCUUCGCUGUAAGUUUCAAUGAUCGCAAAGAAGGGAUGACCGCCUUUGUGGAGAAAAGGAAGGCCGAAUUCAGUGACAGCUAAGGGUGCGCAGACCUUACUAGAAUUGCCGUGAUUUUUAUGUUGAGGGUGAUUAGCAUUUAGUUUGUCUUACAGAUAUCAGCCCGUCUUACAGAUAUCAGCCCCCUGAAAUGUUCCGUUUCUUAUCUACUUUAACACUUGGUAUCAUUCAGGCUUGCUACAGUAUUUUUGAGAAACAUUUUAGUGCAAAUAAUAAUGUAAUAUCGAAUUCUACAUGUUCUACAUCGCUAAUAUGCACCUCACAGAUGUUCAAAUUGCAUAAAAACCCCUUUAGUUUUUAGUGGAAUUUUCAGAGUUUAUGGUUCUGCCUUUAACUUUAGGAAGGUUUUGUUUUUUAAAAAUAAUACCAAAAAAAUGCUAACAAACCUUAAUGAAGAAGUUAAAUGCUGAUAACACCUAUGUUGUAUGCAUUAAAUUAUGUGCUGGACCAAUUAUGUACAAAUUGUUAUUGCAGUAUUACCAAUGAUAAAGAGAUAAAAUUAGUUUUUAUUACUUUAAACCAAUGGUAGCUGCUUCUGAUCUCAUGGCAUUUGGGUAUUCUAUUACCGUAUAUUCUCACGUAUAAGACAAGGCUUAAAAUAGCAAAGUACGAUAGAAAAACAGGAGGUCGUCUUAUACGUGCAACACGUACAAAUUUUUGAUUUUUAAACCAUGUUCGUCUUAUGUGCAGAUCAUUACAUAACAUCAGAAAUGGGAUCAAUGGUUUGUCAGCUGCGAAAAUGGUGUCGGCUGAACGCAUUUUGUGUCGCCGAUAGCAACAGAGUAGCAUCACAUAGUAUCGUGACGUAACACUGUAGUACUCUAUAACAUGGUGUUAUUUGGCAGAUUGUCCCUUCAUUUGGCACUGGUUUUAGCCAGCUAGAUCAAGACCAUAAAAAGCAGCAAAAAGUAUAAAUUCUGGCGAUGAAAUAGGAGGGUCGUCUUAUUAUUAUUAUUAUUAUUAUUAUUAUUAUUACUAUUAUUAUUAUUAUUAUGUUGACUAUUGCUUCCAAUCACACAUUUAUACACUGCUGACAUAUUUUCUUGUGAUGGAAAUAAAAAUGGUAGGCUAUAUAAAUUAAUCAUGGACUUUAUGGAAAUAAAAUGAUAUAAGAAAAUUAA